AUAAAUAUAUAUAUUUUUUUUUUCAAAAAAUGGCCCCGCUGCUCUCUGCACACUGCGCACACCUCUCUGUACUAGCUUGGCUCUAUCUUCUCCUUCUCUCUCUCCAUUAACAUGCUCUCCACCAUUGUCACUCUCUCCUCUAAAAAGAAAGAGGAUCUUUACCUAAAUACCCUUCUCUCUAUAUAUAUUGUUACAAGUGUUAAGCUACCAAAACCAAACCACCACCGAACCAAACCAUCACCAAAUCAUUGAAAGAUUCAAAACAUUAAAGGAAAAAAAAAAAGGAAAAUAAAGAAAGAAAGGUAAUGGGGUGUGCACAGUCUAAAGUGGAGAAUGAAGAAUCGGUGGCGAGAUGCAAAGAAAGGAAAAUCCUAAUGAAAGAAGCAGUGGUAGCUAGAAACGCAUUUGCAGCUGGUCAUUCCGGGUUCACAAUCUCACUCAAAAACACAGGUGCUGCUCUUAGUGAUUAUGCUCAAGGUGAAGUCCUAGACUCGCAUCAGCUCCAUGAAGCUCAACCUCCCAUUUCUCAACCUCCGCCACCGCCUCCGCCACCGCCUCCGAUGGAGAAUUUUCCACCGCCACCGCCUCCGAUGGAGAAUUUUCCACCGCCACCUCCUCCUCUUCCUAAUUUCUCUCCGAGUCCCAUAAAGCGCGCAUUGAGUAUGCCUGAGAUCCCUAUGAAGCAGCAGGGGAAGGUUGAAAUUGAUCCUAUUGCUAUUGUAGAGGAGGAAGAAGAAGAGGAAGAGGAAGAAGAACAUGAGCUGGAUCAUGAAAGAGCUCAUAAAAAUAAAGAUUUAACUGGGUCGCAGCGGGGUCCACCUAAUGGGAAAGUGGGACCUGAGGAAACGCCACCGCCAACGCCGAAUGUGGCGUGGGAUUAUUUCUUUAUGGUGGAUAAUAUGGCAGGGCCGUCUUUGGAACCUCAAGAUGAUGUGAAUAUAAGAAAUGAGACAACUUCUGGUAGUAAAGGGAAUGUGAGUAGUGAGAAUCACAAUAAUGCUGAUGAAAUUGAUGCGGUUGAGCCUAAGACGCCGGAGAAAGCAGUGGAGGCUGCAGUGGAGGAGGUGAAGGAGAGUAAGAAGGAGAAGCAGCAUAUUGAGCAUUCUAAAACGGCUCCUCCUGAUUUUAGGGUGGUGGGAACGACGGCGGUUCCAAGUGUGAAUUUAAUGGAGGUUUUGAAAGAGAUUGAUGAUCAUUUUCUCAAGGCUUCUGAGAAUGCCCAGGAGGUUUCCAAGAUGCUUGAGGCCACUCGUUUGCAUUACCACUCCAAUUUUGCUGACAAUAGAGGAUAUGUGGAUCAUUCUGCUAGAGUUAUGCGUGUUAUCACAUGGAAUCGGUCAUUCAGAGGUGUACCCAAUGGUGAAGGUGGCAAGGAUGAACUUGAUUCUGAAGAUUAUGAGACUCAUGCUACGGUUUUGGAUAAGUUGUUAGCAUGGGAAAAGAAACUCUACGAUGAAGUAAAGCAAGGGGAGCUAAUGAAGCUCGAGUACAGGAAGAAAGUUUCUCUGCUGAAUAAGCAGAAGAAGCGUGGUGCUAGCGCUGAAACUUUAGAAAAAACAAAAGCAGCUGUAAGUCAUCUGCACACGAGAUAUAUAGUUGACAUGCAGUCCAUGGACUCAACUGUUUCGGAAGUCAAUGAUAUACGUGACAAGCAGUUGUAUCCAAAACUCGUUGAUCUUGUUGAUGGGAUGGCCAAAAUGUGGGCAAGCAUGCGCGUGCAUCAUGACAGCCAGCUAAAGAUUGUUACAGACCUCAAGUCUCUUGAUGUCAGCCAUGCUGUCAAGGAAACUACCAAUCACCACCAUGCUCGCACCAAACAACUUUAUAAUGUUGUGCAAGAAUGGCAUACACAGUUUGAUAAGCUUCUGACCCAUCAAAAGCAAUACAUUCAAAUUCUUAAAAGCUGGUUGAAAUUAAAUCUAAUCCCAAUUGAAAGCAGCUUGAAAGAAAAAAUAUCAUCACCACCGAAAAUCCCAAAUCCUCCUAUACAGGCUCUCCUUUAUUCGUGGCAUGACCAUCUUGAAAAGCUUCCAGAUGAGGUGGCUAAAUCUGCUAUCUCCUCAUUUGCGGCUGUUAUAAAAACCAUAGAAUUACAUCAAGAAGAAGAGAUGAAGCUGAAGGAGAAGUGUGAGGAAACCAGGAAGGAGUUCUUGCGCAAGAACCAGGCAUUCGAUGACUGGUAUCAAAAGCAUAUGCAGCGAAGAAACCCUACUGAUGAAACAGAAGCUGAUAGAGGUGAGGAUGCAAAUUCAAGGGAUCUAGUAUCUGAGAGGCAAUUUGCUGUGGAGAGCUUGAAGAAGAGAUUGGAAGAAGAAGUCGAAACUUACCAAAGACAUUGCCUUCAGGUCAGAGAGAAAUCACUUGGAAGUUUAAAGAUUCGGUUACCUGAGCUAUUUCGUGCAAUGUCAGACUAUGCUUAUGCCUGCUCUGAUGCUUAUGAGAAAUUGAGGGCCCUCACCCACUCCCAGAGUUCAUCUCGUGGACAUCCAUAACAGUGUAUGCUCUGGUCAAUUAGUAAACUACUCCUAAGUUAAAUUAUAGUCAACUGUAGCUUCUACAUGAGACAGUAUGUCUUGGUAGGAUGCUGGAAAUAUUUAUUUCUUGUGUGGGAAAAUUUUGCUUUUAUAUAGCCCCCCCUAUACGCCUCUGUGUGCAGGUGUAUUAUAUGUAGUGUGAUCAUGAAGAAGGGGUAAUUGGGUAAGUCACUUUUGGUUAGGGCUAAACUGAAAGGAAGCAUGGUGCUUUUAGCAGGGUGAUUGUAAUGAAAAUUCCUUUGGAAAGUAGUUCAUUUCCUUCUUUUA